GGUGAUUGGUCAUGCGCAUAGGUCUGUACAGAAACACAUGUAUGCGCAAACCUGUUUGCGGUCUGCUGAAUGGCCAUAUUACCAGGUGGGCGUGGUAAAUGGACAAACGCAUACUCAAGCGUAAAAAGACAAGCAGUUCUACAAGGCACCAAACGCAAUACGUAGAUCGACAAGCUUCAACGAUCUUCGUCCGUUUGUCGUGUAUGUAUACGGCUGUACUAUAUCACACUCUUUAACGUAAUCAAAACAUUGAUGGGCACAGCGUCAGGUGAAGAUCGAGAUUCAGUGAGUUUGAAAUGACUUUGGAGCCUCUUCAACCAUGGCAGAAGCCCUACUUGUCCUCCGAAUCAUCAAGACAAUCGUUGGUCUGAUCGGCCUUAUUGGAAACACAUUGGUGGCCACCGUUAUUUAUCGGGUGAAGUUCAUGCACACAUUGACCAAUGCUUUCAUCUGCAACCAGGCCGUGGUGGACUUCCUGGGCUCGCUCUUCCUGAUCCUGAGUAGCAACAUCGCGGUUCCUGACCCACUUCCAGACACCCUGGGCUACCACGUGGUCUGCCACCUCUGGCUGUCCAACCUCUUCCUCUGGGCUUUCUUCACCUCCUCUACCAUGAACCUGCUGUCGCUCACCUGCGAGCGCUACGUAGCCAUCGUCUACCCGUUCAAGUAUGCCACUCUGUACACCACCAAGUCCGUUACCUGCAUAAUGGUGGUCAUCUGGUUAUCGGGACUCAUUCUUGACGGGGCCUACACGGCAGCAGUGAACACCUACGCCAACGGUCAGUGUUUCUACUCCUCGGCAGUCGGCUCCCGGACACUUGGCAUUGUCUUUAUCCUGGUCAAGUUCUUCAUCCCCGCGAUCUUCAUGUUGGCUGUCUACUCGCACAUGACGGUGGAGCUCAAGCGAAGCGCCAACCGUAUCGGUGCUAUCGCCCCAACCGUGUCGGCCACCGUGAAUUCGGGCCCGGGCACUAGCGCGGGUGGGGCCCGCCCGCUCAACGCCGAAGAAUCCCUCCUCCGAGCCCGCCGCAACAUCUUCAAGACCCUCCUGAUCGUGUUCCUCACCUUCUUAGUGUGCUGGACACCGAACCAGGUUAUCUUCUUCAUGUUCAAUUUUGGCUGGAGUCUAGACUUCUCUGGGGCCAUCUACAUCAUAUCUGUCUCGCUAGUAGCCAUCAAUUCGUGCGUCAAUCCCUUCAUCUAUGCCUUCAAGUACAAGCAGUUUCGGCGAGGUUUUCUCUCCCUGAUCGGCCAGACAGACGAGGACCCGCUACGGCCCUCCGAAGCAGCCACCCGUCAGUGGAAUUUCCGAAACAGUGAGGCUACACCCUGACGUGUCGUUAUUUAGCGAUUUUCACUGGGAGUCAUCAAAACAGAUGGAUUGAAAGAAUCACUGACAGUCACAUUAGUACUCCGACAGGCAACCUUCCUAUCGCAAUGCCGGCUCCGUCUGGUUUGUACUUUACAGGCACUGCAAAUCAACUGACAUCUACUCGAGAAUGACUCAAAGGAGAACGCUCUUGAUAAACAGAAAUUAACUCAAAACAAGUAACACUGUCGUCUCAAUAUACCCCGAAUGGGAUAGUACGUUGUUACCCUCAUUGGACUUCUUACACAUACACCGUCUUGGAUGUAAAUGUAGAUCUGCUUAAUUUUGUCGGAUAACUUUUAACUUUAUUUCAUUAAUUUAAUAAGGUAAGUACUUCGCUUUAAUUUAGUAGUAGCCUAUAGUACACCAACCUUUACUUAAAACAAUCUACACACAUAUACGCACUGAACGCAACAAAUUAUGAUGAUCAUCUAUACGUACUUAGUUAUAUCUCUCCAACUACUACAGCACGGCCAUAGCUUUUAAAUUGAUAAAGUUCACCUCCCAUUUUCCUGCAUAUAGAAAUCCAAGAAACGUCGUGACAUCAAGACGAUGCCACUCUGAAUGUUUUCGAUAAAUGACAGAAUGAACAUUUUUCUUUUCGGUGAUGAAGACUGAUUUAAAGCACUGUCAUGUUGAAUAUAGAUGUUCUCACAUCUUUUCCGUCAUGGCAAAUUUCGCUGCGAAUUUUUCUAGACUUCAUGCAGGCUUCUAGAAAAUAAAAUCUGAUUUCUGUCAGGUGAUUGUCCAAAUGUUAGAUGGCCUAUGGAGUGAAUAAAGCUGUAAGCAAAUGCCAUUCGGAAAAAUACUGAGAAACCUAUUAUUUGGAAAAGCGUUGAAUGAUGCAAAAUACUAACUCAGACUAAUGUAUGAAUAGUUAGUUACUUUGUUGCUGUUUUUGAAAUUGUUUACGCAGAAAAUAACUAUUCGUUCAACUCGGAAAAAUGAGGCUGCGUUUAAUCUAGGAAUAAAGGGUAAUCAAAGUCACAAUAUCUCAAGACUGUAUCUUGCUAUUGAUUGCUAUUGAUUACUAAAUAAUUAUGCCAAGUUCUAUUGCCUUUUACAAUAUAUAGUUUUGAAAGUCCAAGAGUAUCCAUAAUUUUACAAUGGCAUCUCAUAAUUAUGUGUGGCAAACACAACAUUGUGUUAAAGUGGCUGCGUAUUUAUGUUGAAGCAUUUUAUUGUACCGCGUUACCGCUCUGUUGCCACGCUGAGGAAGUGGUGUGGCUUUGUAUCAAUGAAUAGUCUUUGUGAACAUUGUAGCGGGAUUUAGUAAAAAUGUGACAAAUAACCUUGGAAGAGAAACGGACGUCAUUGCGAGUGGGUUAAUAAUAGUGGGUGAGAAAUGGCAAGUACAUCCAUGAAAUCAUCUUUGGCUUCUAUAACACUUCCAAUUCUGUCAGUACAACGACAACAGUGGUUACUCUUGAGGAAAA